AUGCCACCAAGGAGAAAGUUAAGUCAAUCUUCAACUGAGUCCUCACCAGUGAAAAAAUCCACAGAAGAAUCUCAACAUGCAACAGUCACACACUCACCACAAGAAUAUAUAGAGUUCUUCAGAACAACCUUGGAUUUGGUGUAUAGGUUGAAAGAUGGUGAUGCAGAUUUGGCACCUCCAUUUAUCAAGUUGCCAUCUAAAAAAUUCUUUCCCGACUACUACCACGUCAUAAAGCAACCUAUAUCAUUAGAUAAAAUAGGAAAGCGAAUUGAAAGUACAUAUACUGGUUCUUCAUCGAGAGAGUUUCUUGACGACUUUGAAUUGUUGUUACAAAAUGCGAGCACAUACAAUGCUCCCGAUUCAUGGAUUGUUCAAAGUGCUGGAAAAAUUGUAAACUUUGUCAGGGAACAAGUUGAGGAAUUUGAGAGCACUCCUUCAACCAAUAAUGCUACUGAUGACACCAAAAAGCCAAAGAUAAAGUUGAAGCUCAAGCAGAGAAAGAAUGAAACAGAGACAGAAGGGGGGUCGGAAUUUCAGUCGUCAGUAAAAGUUAAUAAGGAAGAACCAUUAAUCACUUUCGGCAGAUUAGCAGAAUUUUGUAUAAAUAUAUUACGCGAUGUCAUAAAUCAUGAAUUUCCAAAACAGGGAGUCUUGAGCGGGCCGUUUUUGGAAGAAGUUGAUACCGAAGUAUAUACCGAUUAUUUGGACUAUGUAACCAAACCAAUGUCUUUCAACACGAUAUUAUCUAAUUUAGAGAAAAAAAAAUUAUUGAGUCCCAAAUUCCCUUUAUUGGACAACUUGAAGAAGUUUCAUGACACUACCACAUUGAUUUUUUCCAAUGCAAAGGCCUAUAACAACGAUGAUUCACAAAUUUAUCAAGAUGCAGCUGUUUUGGAAGAAUAUUUUAAUGAACAAUAUAAUAAAUUAAAAUCCAGAAUUGAACUGGAAGCAGAUAAAUUGCAUCCUUCAACACAAAAGCUAAAACACAGUAUUGGUAGAAUUGACACCUCAGUAGCAGAACCUCAAUUGAAGAAAAGGAGAAAGAGGUCUAUUAAACAAGAUUUCCCAGUAGAACAAAUUCACGAGGAAGAUGAUAUCAACAAUACCCAACCAGAAGCUAUCAAUGCUGAUACACAAGAUGUUGAUGAAUCAGUUGAUUCUGGAGAGCUCGAUACAUCCAAAUCACGAGAAGUCGCCGCCGAGCAAAAUGCCCCUAAUACCAUGGGUAAGACUUUGCCGUUACUCCCGGAGCAAAAUUCAAUAAUUCAAGAGUCAGCAUUAUUUUCAACACCCGCUGUGUCAACCAACAUUACUAAAUUUGUUCAACAAAAAUUAUCACAACCAGCAACAAUUUUGUCUCGAGAACAAGAAAUUAAAAAAGCAUUAUUUCCAACUCAGCCAGGAAACACAAUUGCUACACUCUUUUCCUACAAAGUUCCAGCGAAUGGAUACACCAACCAAGCCUAUACUAUUGCUUUACCAAACGGAGCCCUGCCUUUUGUAUCAUUCAAAGUAUCGCUACACAAUUUGUUGUACCAACUCAAAGAACCUGAGCUAAUUGAUGAUCACGGAAUUUUAAGUCAUCUCGGUAACGACGAUUUCCAAUGCAAAUUAUCUGUCAACGAAGAAGAAGUUUCUAAUGUUGCUGAUUGCUUUAAGGAAGAAAAAGGGGAGAACGCUGUUUUGGGAGUUCAAUAUGAUGUCAAAUUGAGUUAUGGAUUGAAUGUUUUGUCAUUCAAUUGUAAGGUUGCUCCUAAUUUAAGCAAGAAAAUCAAAAACACAUCUAUUGAGGAAGAGGAGGUAGCAGGGAGACACACAAGGCAUCAAUUGCAACAAAUGCAAAAAACAUGGGACGUUGAAACAAUAACCUUUUAUGUUGUCUGCACCUCAGGAUGA